AUGAUAGGUGAUGGCCUCGGAGCUGGAGUUGAUCGCAGAGCAGGUCUCUUGCACGCACUGCUGUUCAGACGCGAGACGGAAAGAGCAAGGGGAAAGGAGGCCAAAAAAGACUUACCAAACGACGGUUCUUGGUUAGGGAGACUGGUCCACAGAGCAGCAAAUGAAGCGGGACCGAGCUGGAGAGUUAUGGGGCGACUGAUCAAAUUCAAGAAAGAACGGGCAGAGGCGUGUUCGCGCCUCGAGCAAGCGCGUGAGGGCCAAAGCGGGAGCUUGAAAGCUAGACGUGCACCAAGGUUGGACGAAGCAAAAAGGGAGAGAAGGAAUGACAAGAGUCGGUCCAAGCUGUAUGGGUGCAGAUUUGUAACACUGAAAGCAGAGAGAUUGUGGGGACGAACGAAAGAAAUGAAGGAGAAGAAAGACGACGCUGCGAAAUGGAUGCUUAGAGCGAAAUUGAUGGCAAGCGUUGCUGAAGCGUCGGCAAAUGUCGCAGAGACGGGUGAAGAUGGCCAGGUAAAAGGACGAAGAGAAGCGAGCCACAGAGCCAGUCUGAAGCAGAACUCGAAAUGA